AUGGCAAACCUCCAAGUAAUCCUCGUUGCCACGUCAGCCAUACUGCUGGCCGCCGCAGUCCUCCCGGCGGCCUCCGCGGAUGUCACCGUGGCGGACAUCGUCACGCCGGAAUUCUUCAACGGCAUCAAAAACCAAGCACCCAAUAGCUGCGUCGGCAAAGGUUUCUACACGCUGGACGCCUUUCUCCGGGCCGUGCACUCCUACCCGAACUUCGGCAACCGGAGAUCUCUCCCCGGUUCUAAGCGCGAGAUCGCCGCCUUCUUCGCCCACGUCACCCACGAGACCGGAAACAUGUGCUACAUUGAGGAAACCAACCGCGGGACCUACUGCGACCCGACCCAGUUCCCGUGCGCGCCGGGGAAGAGGUACUACGGCCGGGGCGCGCUCCAGCUCCGGUGGAACUACAACUACGCCAAGUCCGGCCGGGAGAGCAACUUCGACGGCGUGAACGACCCGGACGCCGUCGCCAGGGACCCGGUACUGGCGUGGCGGUCGGCGCUGUGGUUCUGGGUGACGAACGUGGGCCCCGUCCUGCCGCAAGGGUUCGGCGCCACCAUCCGGAAGAUCAACGGCAAGGAGUGCGACGGCGGCAACUCGGCCGCCGUCAGGGAGAGGGUGGGGUACUACAACUCCUACUGUCGGAAGUUUGGGAUCCCGCUGCAGACCAAUGCUGGUUGUUGA